GGGAGGGCGGUUACAUGAGUGAGAAGCUCUUGGUUGCUCCUGGUUAGUCAACCUUUUCCAGUUGCUGUUGGUGGAAGAUUUGACGGGCGAGCGCUUAACGGAACCAUGGGAGUGGAAGGUUGCAUGAAGUGCAUCAAGUACUUGCUGUUCGUAUUUAAUUUCCUUUUCUGGCUUGCAGGAGGAGUGGUUCUUGGUGUGGCUCUUUGGCUCAGACAUGAUCCUCAGACAACUCAAGUACUGAAUACACACUUUGAAGAUAGGUGGGCCCCAAACACCUUCUUCAUAGGGGUCUACAUCCUGAUUGGUGUUGGAGCUGUGAUGAUGAUCGUGGGGUUUCUAGGUUGCUAUGGUGCCAUCCAGGAAUCCCAGUGCAUGCUGGGAACGUUCUUCGUCUGUCUGGUGGUUUUGUUCGCUUGUGAGGUUGCUGCUGGGAUCUGGGGAUUCGUACAUAAAGAUGAGGUGGCUAAUGAGUUUAAGACGUUCUAUGAGCAAGCCAACACCGCCUACGUGAUGCCAGGGCAAAGUCGAGAAAAGCAGGAUCAGGCUAAAGCUGUGUUGGUGACCUUGCAUAAUGCGCUGGACUGCUGUGGAAGCAACAUAGUAAACAAGAUGAUGACUGCAGAGCUCUGUCCCAAACAGAAGGGAAUAGGUCUUAUUAAUCCGGUUGACUGUGGUACACGGAUCAAUGAGCUGUUUACGGAGAAGCUGUACAUUAUUGGGAUCGCUGCUGUCAUCGUUGCAGUUAUCAUGAUCCUGGAGAUGAUUUUCAGCAUGGUACUGUGCUGUGGGAUCCGAAACAACUCCGUGUACUAGAAAGCCUCCUCUGGCUGCCACCUCGCAGGACUGCCAGUGAGCGCAGCAAACAGAAAAGCUUUGUAGUGGAGUAUCAUUAAAAUGCCCAAACUAAUCCUAUUCUAUGAUUGUUGCCACUUGUUAUGCUCAGUUUUAAAAAAAAAUAUAUAUAUAUAUAUUAUAAAAUAUAUAUAUAUUAUAAAAUGGUGGUUUCAUAUUAUAAAAAAACUAUAUGUAAUAUAUAAAAUGUUUUAAUAUUAUGAAACCAUCUCUCCUGGUAUUGACAGUUCUCCCCUGGUGCUAAUUGAAGCUUAUGCUGGAGAAUUUUGUGUGCAUGGAACAACUGGUAUGUACCCAUCUGAUCUCCAGCCGUCACAUCACAUCCUCCAUCAGUCAGUGCUUCAGAGCUGCAGCAAAGUCACAAGUUUGAAUUAGGAUGUUAAGAUGAAAAAAAACUGGGCCCUCAGUGUGCUGCUGGAGGGGGCUUAGUGCUCGUAUUGAUCUGAAGCCUUGGGGGCGUGCGUGUAUGUGUGUGUAUGUAUGUAUGUAUGUAUGUGUUUUUAAAAAUAAUCUAAAUUGAGUUUCAGGUAAGUGCACCAGCUGUGAACUGUCUUGUGCCCAAAGUUUGCAUUCAGCUUGUGCAAACUUUCUGAGGGAUUAUACUGAUUCAAAGUUUCUUUUCCCAUUUGUACUGCGGGUACCUUAAAGUAUACAUGUAUAAUAUAGGCAGUGCAGUGAGUAACUUAUAAUGAUGGGGGCUGGUCACAGUACUUGGCCGGUUAUUUGCUUGUUUCUUGUUUCUGGUUAAAUAUAGUCCACAUGAACGACAAGGAAUCUGGGCUGUGUCCCUCAACCCCACCCCCACCCAAA